UCGCCAAGAGGACGGCUAAACGAUAGAAUAACCCCAGGAGACGACCCUCCAUCCAACAACCGCUGAUUAUUGAGAGGAAUGGCAGGCUUGCGUGCGUACAUGCAACAUAAUGCAGUGCAACUAACAGCACAUGUGCACGCAUGUCACGAGGAGCAGCUGGCUGUUAUGGAUGCAUAUAGUGGUAGUGGAGCCUAGGCCGGCCUUGACCUUGGAGUUGGACACGCAGCGGCAAGCUGGACUGCUCGCCGACACGUCCGUCCGUCCGUCCGUCGUCUUCCUCCUCUCCCCAUCCCCAUCAUUUCCUGUCUUCUUCCCUCUAGGCUCUGCCGCACGUCGUACGUGUCCCAGGUAUAAAUAAACUGGUCGGGCCACCCUCCAGCCGCAGCAUUGUUGUCACGCGGCACGGCGGCUUCCUCUCCUCUCCAAUAGUCCAAUCAGGACGCCGCCGGCCGCCGCAGCCGCAGCCGCAGCGCAGACACGACGAUCCUGUCCAUUUGCAGCCUACGGCGGCUGACGACCGAGCAGAUACUUAGCAGAUAUACAUAGAAACAUAGAUAGAUAGGCAGGUCAGGCAAGAGAGCUGCAAAGCACAUACGCAGGCAUGUGGAGACGGAUCAUAUGGAUGAUGAUUGGCAUGGUGGCGCAUGUGCCGUCAGUCACCUACUGAUGAUAUGGAUCAUCGUCUAAGUAUAGCAUAGGCGCACAGGGCGUCGUCGACGCCGUCCGUCCGUCCCUCGACACCAACCUCGCCCUUCGCGCGCGCGCGUCCCGCCUCCUCCCUUGCCAACUUUAUCCUCCCCUGCCCAACCACCCCACAAACACCUCUGGCGCGCGGUGGGGGCGUGGCGCCCCUUCCCACGUCUGCCACCACCCCCGGUCGUCGGGUCCGGUCCGGUCACCAUGGCGAGGGCCUGCUGCAGGAUGGCUGCAGCACCAGCAGCCGCCCUCCUGCUCCUGCUCGUGGCCGCCGCGUCGGCCAUCCGGGUGGACGUGGUCCGGAUAUCAUCAUCGUCGUCCGCGCCGCCGCAGCCGCCGUCGCCCCCGGCGUUCCGCGAGGCGCCCGCGUUCCGCAACGGGGACGAGUGCCCGCCCCGUGGCUCCCCCGACGGCCACGUCGACGUCGCCAUGACGCUGGACGCCAACUACCUGCGCGGCACCAUGGCGGCCGUCUUCUCCAUCCUGCAGCACACGGCGUGCCCGGAGAACGUGGCGUUCCACUUCCUAGCCGCCGCAGCGGACCCGGACUCGGACUCGGACCCGGACCCGCUGGCGGCGAUCCGCGCCACGUUCCCGUACCUUGACCCGAGCGUGCACCGGUUCGACCCCUCCCGGGUGCGCGGCCGCAUCUCCCGCUCCGUGCGCCACGCGCUGGACCAGCCACUCAACUACGCGCGCAUCUACCUGGCCGACACGCUCCCGGCCGUCGUGCGCCGGGUCAUCUACCUGGACUCCGACGUGGUGGUGGUGGACGACGUGCGCAAGCUCUGGUCCGUGGACCUGGGCGAGCGCCACGUGGUGGCGGCGCCCGAGUACUGCCACGCCAACUUCACCAAGUACUUCACCGACGCCUUCUGGUCCGACCGGGAGCUGCGCGCCGCCUUCCGGGACCGCCGCCCCUGCUACUUCAACACGGGCGUGAUGGUCAUGGACGUGGCGCGCUGGCGGCGGGGAGGGUACACCCGGCGGGUGGAGGAGUGGAUGGCGGUGCAGAAGCGGAAGCGGAUCUACCACCUGGGGUCGCUGCCUCCGUUCCUGCUGGUGCUCGCCGGCGACAUCAGGCCCGUGGACCACCGCUGGAACCAGCACGGCCUGGGCGGCGACAACGUCGAGGGCAGGUGCCGGAGCCUGCACCCGGGCCCCAUCAGCCUGCUGCACUGGAGCGGCAAGGGCAAGCCCUGGCUGCGGCUCGACUCCCGGAAGCCCUGCACCGUCGACUACCUCUGGGCGCCCUACGACCUCUACAAGGCCGCGGCCACCGCGCUGGAGGAGUAGUAGUGACCCGUCCGUCCAUGCUAAGCAAGCUACACCGGAAUGCGUCUUGGCGGCCAUGCAUGGGUCAACGAUCGAGAUCGACCCGGGGCACGACGGCGGCCGACGGCGGCGAGCAGGGAGACGAUCGAUCCAAGAGGAGGUGUGUCCGUGCGUACGUGUGUGCCGUGUGCACACGGCAGCGAGCAGCUAGGGCAUAUGCAUCAUUUCAGAAGAGAACUAGCUACUCCGAUCAAGAUGAGCGACGAAGGAUUGUACGUAUAUUGCUGAGAGGAGAUCGAGGAGACGGUGAGUUGCAUUGGCGGAAGAUCGAUGCAUGCGUGGAUGAUCAGCCAAUCGUACGUAGUACGUGUGUAAAAGGUCGGCCGGAGGGAAUAAUCGUGCAUGUCUCGAUCGAGACACCUCACUCGCUCGCUCUUCCUCUCGAUCGUACGUCUUCAUUGGGUUUGUUAGUCGAUCCGAGAUCCUACGUACGUCGUCGUUUUUGUAUUGUAUACAUUAUAGGUCAUCAUCUCGUGGGGGUCAUCAGAUCUAGAGGGUUGGUGGUGUGUUGUAAUUUGUAAAGAGAUCGACUAGGGUGAUGCGGUGGAGGGGAUACUACACACUAACAAAACCGAGUUGUAUACUACUGAACUAGAGAUAGCAACGGGACCCGAUUUCCGAUUU